CCGGGGUCACAUUCCAAGAUGGCUGUGCCUCAGGAAUGCAGUGGGUGCCCCCCUAAGACGCCUGCCUCCCUCCUUUUUUAUUAAUCAAUCCAAUUUUAUCCGACCUUUUGAAAACAAACUCGCUGUUUUCGCGUGCGCUGUCGUCUGGAGGUGUUUUGCACCGCCAGUUCCAUCUUCGAAUGCGAUUUCGGAAUCGCAGGUGUUCUGUUUUUCGCGGAAAAAGAAACAAGUGUCUGGAGAAAAACGGCCAAGUGUGUGUUACGAGCCGAGAGGAAGGAUCUUGCUGAUCCGAGUUCGGAUCUUAUCUAAUGGAACACCUCUCUGAAGUCCCGGAUGAUGCCCAGUGAAAAGCAUGCUACUGGCCCGAUUUAAACAAUGUCUCAUAGGGAUAUCUCUGAGGUCGAGCCCGAAGGUACGUCGGCCUUGGCCGCUGGAUCCCGGGUGCUGUUCCUGGAGACGGUGCGACGGAGCAAUGCGGCUUGCCAAAACGGAGAUUAUGCUCUAGCAGCUACCCUAUACACAGAAGCUCUUGCCCUAGAUCCACUCAGUCAUGUAUUAUUUUCUAACAGAUCUGCGGCUCGUCUAAAAAUGGGGAUGUUUGCCCUGGCGUUGCAAGAUGCCGUCAGGGCUACCGAAUUAAAUCCUGAAUGGCCAAAGGCAUACUAUCGCCAAGGUGUAGCUCUACAAUGUUUAGGAAGACAUGGCGAAGCACUCGUCGCUUUCAGCGUUGGGUUGGCUCGAGAUCCUUCCAACUGUCAGCUGCUUUCUGGUCUCGUAGAAGCUUCCCUAAAGUCACCGCUUCGAGUCACCUUGGAGCCGACAUUCCAGCAACUUCGAGCUAUGAAACUCGACGAAUCUCCCUUCGUCGUAAUUUCGGUUGUUGGUCAAGAGCUCCUUGGUGCAGGGCAGUAUAGAGCAGCAGCUGGUGUGCUUGAAGCCGCUCUUUCCAUUGGAUCUUGUAGUUUAAAAUUGCGAGGAUCAGUCUUCUCGGCACUUUCUAGCGCAUAUUGGGCUCUAAAUUCUUUGGAUAAGGCCAUUGGUUACAUGCAGCAGGAUCUAGGCGUGGCAAGAUCAUUGGGAGAUACCCAAGGAGAAUGUCGAGCUCAUGGCAAUCUAGGUUCAGCGUACUUCAGCAAAGGGAGUUACAAAGAGGCUCUGACAGCACACAGGUAUCAGCUUGUGCUGGCGAUGAAGUGCAAAGAUACCCAGGCAGCAGCUUCUGCCUUGACAAGUCUGGGUCAUGUCUAUACAGCAAUUGGAGAUUUACCAAAUGCCCUAGCUUCCCACAAACAGUGUGUUCAGCUGGUGAAACAAAUGGGAGAUCGUCUGCAGGAAGCUAGAGAAAUCGGUAACGUUGGUGCUGUCUAUUUGGCGAUGGGAGAAUUCGAAAGUGCGGUGGAUUGUCACACACAGCAUUUGAGAAUAGCUAGAAGAUUGGGAGAUCGAGUUGAGGAAGCUAGAGCCUUUAGUAACUUGGGAUCCUCUCAUCACUAUCGAAGGAACUUUAGUCAGGCGAUGGCCUAUCAUGAAAAUGUACUCAGAAUCGCUCAGGAACUUGGCGAUAGGGCGAUAGAAACGAGGGCCUAUGCUGGUUUGGGUCAUGCUGCUAGGUGUGCUGGUGACCUUACUCAAGCAAAACUCUGGCAUCAGAGGCAAUUGGACGUUGCGUUGACUACGAAAGACAAAGUAGCAGAAGGAAGAGCCUGCAGCAAUCUUGGAAUAGUUUAUCAACUUUUGGGCGAACAUGACGCAGCUCUUAAAUUACACCAGGCUCAUCUGGGAAUUGCUAGAGCUUUGGGUGAUAAAGCUGGAAUGGGCAGAGCUUAUGGAAACAUCGGGAAUGCGUACAAUGCUCUAGGGUAUUAUGAGCAAGCUAUCAAGUAUCACAAGCAAGAACUUACGAUAAGCAAAGAGGUUAACGAUCGUAGUUCAGAGGCAAGCACUCAUGGGAAUUUGGCAGUGGCCUAUCAAGCAGUUCAAGGUCACGAAGCCGCUUUGAGACACUAUAGAGCCCACCUGGCCAUAGCUAGAGAACUAAAAGAUGCUGCUGGCGAAGCUUGUGCACUUCUAAACCUCGCUAAUUGUCUCUCUUCACGAGCAAGGUUCGAGGAAGCUGUUCCCUACUACGAAAACUAUUUAAUGUUGUCCCAGGAACUUCAUGAUGUGGAAGGCGAAGCGAAAGCUUGUCAUUUUCUAGGAUAUGCUCAUUAUUGCUUAGGUAAUCAUCGGGAAGCUGUCAGAUACUAUGAUCAAGAUCUGGCCCUGGCGAAGGAUUUGCAGGACAAAUCAGGAAUGGGAAGAGCCUACUGUAACCUUGGAUUAGCCCAUCUGGCUCUUGGAAAUUUGGAUACAGCCUUGGAGUGUCAAAAGUAUUAUCUAGCAAUAGCUCACAUGACAAAGCACCUAGCUGGAAAAUUCAGAGCUCUGGGUAACAUCGGAGACUGUCUUUUGAAACUGGGAGAGACCGAAGAGGCCAUAAAAAUGCAUCAGAGGCAGUUGAACUUGGCUAGACAAGCAGCCGAUAGAAGUUUGGAAGCAGCAGCUUACGGAGCUUUGGGAAUCGCUCAUCGAAGCACCAGGAACUUGGACAAGGCGCUCGGAUUUCAUACACAAGAAUUGACCUUGAGACAAGAAGCUGGAGAUCUUCGGGGCGAGUGUCGGGCGCAUGGAAACUUAGGAGCGGUCCAUAUGGCUUUAGGUCAAUAUACACAUGCCGUAAAGUGCUACCAGGAACAACUGGAAAGAGCGAGAGAGCUAGCCGAUUCUGGAGUUGAAGCUCAGGCUUUAGGAAACUUGGGAAUCGCGAGACUGAACAUGGCCCAUUACGAAGAGGCGAUUGGCUAUUUUGAACAGCAAUUAGCGACCUUGGAACCACUUACAACUGGAACAGCUUUACUAGAUAAAACAAGGGCACUUGGAAACUUGGGAGAUUGUUACGAGGCUUUAGGUGAUCCUGAAGAAGCGAUCAAGUGUCAUGAACAGCAAUUGUCGGCAGCUACUAGACUGCGAAGUAUUCGAGAUCAAGAGAGAGCCUAUAGGGGACUCGGAAGGGCACGAGAGGCAUCAGGAAAUUUACAGGAGGCUUUGGUCUGUUUUGAAAAACGUUUGGUCACGGCUCAUGAAGUGGAUAGCCUUGAAUUGCGAGGAGUUGCAUAUGGAGAUUUAGGGAGAGUUCACGCGGCUCUUGGAAAUCAUGAGCAAGCUGUAAGCUGUCUCUCUCAUCAAUUAGCUUUGGCCAGAGGUCUGGGAGACAGGGCAGGCGAAGCAGAAGCUGCCAGUGGACUCGGAGCUGUUCAUCUUCUCAUGGACGACCUCAGUUCUGCCCUACGUCAUCAUCAACUAGAACUGUCAAUUGCUGAAAGUCUAGACGCAGCUGGAUUGCAGGCAAGAGCUUGUGCUAACCUGGGAGCAACUCAGGAAGCUCUGUGUCAGUUUGAAGAGGCAAUUAGACUCCAAGAACAAUCUUUAAGUCUAGCUGCAGCAGCUGGAGAUCAAGUGGCAAGAGCGGCUGCUUUUUCAAGCUUGGGACGAUUACAUCAUCUAUGCGGUGACCUGUCUAGAGCUCUGAGUUAUCUACAGUCAGGGCUGUCUUUAACAGAAGGAUUAGGUAGGAGAGAAGAUGCUGCUAGGCUGAGACAUCGAUUGGGUCUGGUGCAUUGGGAAGCUGGAGAGGCGACGAUAUCUGUGGAUCAACUAGAAAAAGCUGCGAGUCUAUUGGAAUCCCUCGAUAGUUCUUCCGCGAGUUUAAUCUACGUCUGUGGACAACCAAGCAGAGCAGAUCUUCUGUCACAGACUUAUAGGAUGUUGCAGAAGGUUCUAGUAAACUUGAACAGGCCUGAGGAAGCUCUAAACUGGGCGGAACGUUCCAGACGGUCGAAACACAACAGCUUAGAAGACGCGUCGCAUUAUUCCGAGAUCGUUGACAGACAACGAGGGAUCAUCUUGUAUUACAGUGAAGUAGAAAACGAGCUUCAUACUUGGUGCCUCGCUCCAGGUCGAGGACUUUUGAGAUUCCACUCUACCACUCUCGAGAACGGAUUAGAUUUGGAGAAGAGAGUUCUUCACGCGAGGGAAGCUCUUCUAGGAGAGACUAAUGAAUUUAUCGAAGAGUGCACAAACAUUCCGUCCAGGGGUCAUCAUUUGAAUGCGAGUUCUUACAGUCUGAGUAGUUUAUUCAGUGUUGGCUCGGUGAGUUCACGAGCAGGUAGUGCUCGAUGGGGAAGAGCAAAGGGACCUUCGUGGCAAGCUCCUCAGACGAUACAAAAUCUUUAUGAAUUACUUCUAGCCCCUUUCGAAGAUCUUUUACCACCGACGAGAAAGGAGUUGAUCAUGGUAGUGGAGAAGUCUCUUUUCUUAGCUCCACUUCCAGCACUUCAAUCGAAUUCCGGAGAGGACUAUCUCUGUGAGAGGUUCUCACUAUUGGUCGUACCUUCUCUCGCCGCUCUCAGACGACGGUCAAGAACUCCAAUGCCAGAAGGAGGUGCCACGGUCGCUGCCUUAGUAGCAGGAAAUCCAUCCCUGCCAGAAAAAGUCAGAGAGGAGUUUGGAUGGCCUGAGAGUGUUUCCUCAGCAGAAACAGAAACUGGAAUUGUAGCUGAGCUUUUGGAGACGAGACCUUUGAUUGGUGCUGAAGCCACGCGAUCUGCAGUGUUAAGAUCACUACCUGAUGCAGAAUGCGUUCAUUUAACGACUCCCAUCCUUUGGAACACUCCGACACUAGCUUUAUGUGCUGAUCAGAGUGAGGAGCCACCAGAGAGGCCAGAGUAUCUUUUAAGCUGUUCUGACAUCUCGAGAGUAAGGCUAAGUGCUCGUUUGGUAGUUCUUUCCAGUGGGCAUUGUUGGAGUGGUGGUGAAAAUACUACAGUCACUCCUGAAGGAGUGCAGAGGUUAACCAAAACCUUACUAAACUCUGGAGCUCAAUGCGUCUUGAUAGGAAUGUGGCCCGUUCCCCCAACCGCCGGCAGUAUUUUGUUAAGAGCUUUUUAUAGUGCCAUGCUUCAAGGUGCAAGAGCCUCGAGAGCUUUGGCUGAAGCCAUGCAGACUGUUCAACACACUAGGCAUUUUGCUCAUCCUAUUAAUUGGGCUGGAUGGCUUCUUCUUGGUGGUGAUGCGAGACUUUCAAACAAAGUUGCUUUAAUGGGUCAAGCAUUAGCAGAGUUGCUGCGAGGAGGUCCAGAGCAAAGUCGAGACGCUUUGCGCGUGACUCUUCAUCUCGUGGAAAAGUCUCUUCAAAGAAUACACUGUGGUCAGAAGAACGCGAUGUACACGACUCAGCGAAGUAUAGAAAACAAAGUCGGUUCAGCGACAGGCUGGAGAGAAUUGUUGAUGUCUGUGGGAUUCAGAUUUGAACCGGCUGGAAAUGGAAUUCGUCCUUCGGUCUUUUUUCCUCAAAGCGAUCCGGAGGAGAGGCUAACAAGGUGCAGCGCCAGUUUGCAAGCUCUUCUCGGAUUAGGUCCUGCAUCUUUGCACGCCCUUGUCCGACUUUUGCAGGCACCAGAAGUCGCAGAAGACGUGAUCUCGGCAAUGAGACGAGCAAGCAGCGCAACCGAGGGUCAGGAAAUUUCGUUACCAGUUCGUGUUUGGAGAGCUUCUGGCUCACACGAAUUAUUUGCCAGCUUGGGAUUCGAUCUGAUGGAAGUCGGACAGUCUGAAGUAAUUCUAAGAACUGGAAAGCAGGCUUCUCGUAGAGCAGUUCAAUUUGCUCUGCAAGCACUUCUAGCUCUGUUCGAUACUCAAGAAGCACCAAAGAGUCUUAGUCUGGAUUCCGGCAGUUCUAUGGAAAGUUUGGUUUCUGUCGCUCCAACGGACAAAAGUCUAUCAGACCGACCUAGAUUGGGUGGAGCCUUUGCUAGUUACGUCAGACAUCGAGGAGAACCAGAUGGAAAGACGACGGAGCCUUCCAACAUCUCCGUAUCCAGACAACCAAUUCAAAACGGCGGAGGAGAGUCAGAUGUAGCCUUCACUCCAAGUCCUCCGAUGGCAAUGAAUCUGAAUCAUCAGAAUCGGAUUCGAAACUUAUAUCCUGAACAAAACGCAAGACCUGGUUCAAGUUCGAGUAGUUCGGUCACAGAUUGGGAAAAUGGUCACGCGACAAUUCUCAGGAGACAACCUCUGCCUCCUCUUCCUGUUACAGUCUUGGAAAGGCUGAGCGUGCGAACCGAGAUUGGAAACGGGCCAGCGAGAAAAGUCCGACAUCCCUCUAACGAGGAUUUAAAUCCCCAAGCAGAAGCUACCCAAACCAAUGAGACGAUUCCUCACAAUAUGAGAAAUGUAGCAACGUCCUUGACGAGUUUGACUCGCGAACUGACCCCGACAAUUUCUGAAGUUUACCACGAAAGAAAUCUAGGAUUGGGUCUAGCUCCGUCUCUUUCGAAGCUACUCGAAGAAGUCAAUUCUGUUCCAGAGAACGAGCAGAAUCAAAUGAACAGAUCGGUUCAACCUCAGAAUUGGUUGCAUAGCGAGACUGAAUUGUGUCGAAGAGACGAGGCUGAUGGGAGAUCAAUUGCUGAAUCGCAGUGUAGUGCGACCAGUUCUAAUAAAAUACAUAGGAAAGCUCCUCCACCUCCGGUAUAAAUUAUUAUUUAUGACGAUAUAUUUAUAAGAAGAAAAAGACACGAACACGGUCGUGGAAUAAGUACUAGACAGCGCAAAGUACAAAGGAACAUGUAGAUAAACAAUUUUAGAUAGUGGCCAUAAACUCAAUGUUUUAACCAAUCCAGGGAGAAGUUGCUUCUCUUAAAAAUUAUGUGAGGAAGGUUUCGAGUUUUUAUUGGUAUAUUUAAUUUCGAGCCAUCUUCUGUCGUACACUAGAUGGAACAUAAAGUGUAUUGCGUAAGAUUUAUGUAAGAUAUUGUUUUAUAUUAUGAUCAAUCAAAAUAAAUCGAUUGAUUCAUUGGAUACAG